UUCAAUCCAUUCCGUCGCUGUCCUUCAAUACCUUCGACCAAGUGGCUUAUGCUUAAUUCGUUGCUCAAGCGGUAGGCAGGCCACUGCUUGAUUUUAAACGCUCCGAUUGACAUCAUUCAUUCCAUCCCAUCACAACAACCACCACCACUACAGCCGGCACAAACAUCACCACCACUCCCACUCAUCCCCGCAUCUCCCUCGCAACGCGUUGAGCUAUACCUCCAACAAACUCGAUAUCUAUACAACCCUUCUCAAAAAUGUCCGCCUCACCCUCCGCCUCGAACCCAUCCCUCACCACAUCCGCCUACAUGGUCUCCUCGCGCGAUCGGUCCUACUCCUCAGCCUCCGACGACGACAUCGCCUCCCUCCCCUCCGAAUCCACCUCCGCCUCCGACCUCGAUACGCUUUCAGAUUACUCCGACGCGGAGGAGGAAUGGCGCGAGAGUCUUGAGCAGCUAGAGAUGCUUUUGACCAUGGUGUUUGUUCCGUUCGUGGGAAAAUACCUCGGCCGGAAAUGCGCUUACUGGAGUUGGACGAGAUUCAUGGAAUGGAAGUACCCCGUUGAGGUGGUCGUGAGCAACAAGGCUGCGUUCAAGGGAGCCGGGGCAGUGGGGGCACUUUCCCCUCUGUGAUUGAAGUUGUCGUUUUGGGGAAAACAUUUACAUUCUGGAGUCCUUGUGGGCAUUACUCUGGAGGGAUUAUACCUUGCUGCAUCCCAAGUGGGCUCGCGAGCUUGCAAUAUUGGCAAGUUAGGCAGGCAGGCUUUUGGCAGAGCAACCCCCCCCCCCCUUCAGAAUGAUUAGAACAGAGGACGUUGGACGUGUGGCGGCCCGGGAUGUGGUCACCUGGUAUUUUGCGCUCAAAAUCUUUUGUGAAUAGGAUUGUCUUCUGGGACACAUUGGUUUGAUUUUCGUGUUGAGUUUAUAGCAUAGCAUAAUUGUCUUAGAG